AUGGCUGUGAGUUGUCUCUCGCUAUACCACACUGCGCAAUACAACAAGUACUCGAACAACAACGAACUGAUUCCGAAGAACACCUCCGUGCUUGUAAAGCGAGCGCCAAUCAACACCAACCGCAGGAACCAUCAACCGCGCUCGGACACCCAAUCCGAUCCAACCGUGACCGGCAUAGCCCUCCCUCCCACCACCAACACCAGUUCGUCUAUGGCGCCUCGGCCCAAUAAAGGGCCUAUGACCGAGGAGGAGAGGCUUAAAUCCGCCAUGUCCAAGAUGACUGAGGAUGCGGGCGUGAACGAGUACAUGAGCAAGCAGAAUGGGCAACGAGGACCCCAGCAGCCGUACAUGGACCGUAAUACCAAGCCGGCACCUACGUAUAUCUGCUACCGGUGUGGCAAGCCCGGGCAUUGGAUCAAGUUUUGCCCCAACGACAAGGGAGAGCCAUUGAAUGUGAAGGUGAUGAAACCCACCACUGGCAUACCCAAGAGUUUUCUGCGGUACACCACCGACGGCGAGACCCCGGGUGCGUUGAUGACCGAGGACGGGAAGUUUGCGGUGGUGCAACCCAAUGAGCGAGAGUUCUCCAAGGCCAUGAAACAGACCCAUGGACAGGGCAAGAAGGCGGCCCCAGGCGCUCUACCUGAGGAUCUGAAAUGCCAGAUGUGCCAUCAGUGUCUGAAGGAGGCGGUGACUAUACCGUGCUGCGGAGAUAACUUCUGCGACGAGUGUAUUAGAACGUGUUUGUUGGAGAGCAACUUCACCUGUCCUUCCUGUCAUUCAGAGAGAGUCUCGCCAGAUGCAUUAUCGGCCAACUUAUCCCUCCGCAACGAGGUGCUGGAGUGGAGAGCUUCCAAAGGAAUCGUUGAUAGUCCUGCACCCCAGGCAGACAAAUCGCCAGCUGGCAAAGUAGAGUCUGACCCAGACAGCAAGAUUAAGACAAGCGCCGACAAGUCCCCUGCUGGUGAGAAGUCCGAUGUAGUUGCGAGUGAUGGGGGAGCGGGACAAGCGCGGGUGUCCAAUAUCGCGGAAAAGGGACCUGAAAACACCCGAGAACAGGGAAAUCACGAGCCCAGAGGGGAUGCUCGUGAUGGAAACGAUAUGCAACGAAGUGAUAACUUCAGGCCGGAUGACAACCGAGACCACCUCCAGGGACCUUCACGUGGGUACCGAGGUGACGUGAGACAACAACGCCAGAGAAAUGACUAUAGAGGUCCGCCCAGGAACGAUAGACACCCCAACGGUGAGGGCAGAGGACGGCCUAUGGGCUUCAACAAUGACUUCGGUCCGGAUCGCCGGGGUGGCCCGGAGACAAGAAACAGUGCACCUGCACCCGGACACCAAGGAGGCUUCGACCGGAAUUUUGACGGUCGCACGGGUAGAGGUGGGCCUGGAGACCGAGGCAGAGGAAGGGACCAAUUUAGACCACAAAAUGGGAGAGGCCCGCCGCCUAUGCAUGACAGAUACGACCAGCACCCAGCACGCAAUGCGGGCCCUGGAGACAAUUCACAUGGACAACGGGGAGACGGUUUCCGAGACGGUUUCCAUGGUAACGGGCCGACAGGAAGAUACGACGAGAGGCGUGGUCAGAGAGGGCCCGCGGAGAUGCACAAAGGUAGAGACAAUCGAAGCUUACACCCAGCUGGGUUGGAGCGGGGUCGAGAUGAACGCAACCGGGGUAAUGGUCACGUAGACCCCGAUAACCGAGAUAAAAGCCCCCGUGAUCGAGACAGAGACUUCGGCGAUAGAGGGUAUGCCGGGCGUGGUCGCGGGGGUGGCCAAGAAUGGGACCGGAACGACCGAGGGCCCGGAAAUGAGAGCGGGUACGACCGUGGGGGGCGAGCGAGGCACGCGUCACAGCGACGCAGUAUGAGUAAGGAGGCAUCACCACGUGCAAGUGGGGCGACAGACGCACAUGCUCGUCGCAGUGGGGCGAGAGAUGGGCGCGAGCGAGAUGGGCCUGCACAUGACUAUGCGCCUAGAGAGGAUGGGGUGAGGCGUAGUAGCAGGGACGAUGCAGACACCGAGGGGGGCCGCCGCCGGAGUUCGGAUAGAGGCGAUGGGUAUGGGUCAGACGGACGCCGAACGCAGCACUACUCGGGCAGGGAUGCACGCAGUAGCGAUAGGAGUCGAGGAGAUAACAGAGACAUGGGGCACAACGGAGGACACAGCCAAGACAGAGGCUACGAGCACACAGAUAGUUUCGGCAACGACCGCGGACGGAGUCGCAGUCCGGUGCGUGUACCCGAGCACGAGGACGGUAGACGGCGAGGUAGUUAUAAGGGGGGUAGCCGUAGUAGGGGAGAUCGGGGGCAGGAUAAUGACGGGGAUAGGUAUGACGACCGGUAUGAUGCAGGGCAGGAUGUCAGGCGAACCUCGGACCGAGAUGCGAGGGUGACUACGAGCAGGUCCCGCGGAGAUCGCAGGGAAGGCGCCGUACCCAGAGGCCAUAGUAGGGACACAGAGGGCCGCGGCCAUUUAGAGGUGCGAGGCGAGAGGAGGCUCAGUGUGAGUGAGCGUAUUGGUAGUCGAGAGGGGGUGAACGACUACAAGUAUCGAGAGUCGGAGGAUGACCAUGGAGAUAGGUACUCCGAUACCAACCAGGGAGCGAGUAUGGUCGAAGACCUGGGCAUGACCAGGAGACCGAGCUUGCGCGACAACAAAAGGAUAGACCGCAAGCGUGGCAGGAAUACCAGGGACGAACCGGCAUUCGAUGAAUUCUCUCAAGGGAACAAUGACCACAAGCGCGUUCGUCAUAAUUCGGAGCGUAGUAUGAAUGGUGAGCCCCGUAGUCUCCAAGAUAGGCUUGGCAACGGAAAUACCAACAGACGCAACAAACGAACCAAUAGUAACAACCUCGCCAGGAAUAACUCGGAACUACACGUCCCCAAAGGCAUAAGUGAGUCUCUGAUUGCACGCCUGGCCCGGACCGACUCCGCCUUAAGCCUCGGCAGUGCUAAUAAAAAGAAGCCGCGAAAGAGCAAGAAGAAAAAUAACAAUGACAAUGUGAAGUUUGUCAUGGCUGUGUCUGACGACAUCAUGCGUGACGGGGAUGUUGACGAUGGGCGCGGAGACUACUCGGAUAAUGAGAGCGGCGCAAGGCAGGACAGGAGAAGUAGGCCCGAGUUUUGGUAG